UUUCAUACCGAGCGGAACGGAGUUCAUGAACAUCACGAAGUUCUGUUUGUGCUGUCGUUGCUAGGUUUGCAGGUUGUUUUGGUAUCAUUUGAAAUGAACGAACACUAAUGGAGGCAAAACUUGCAGAAUAUAGGGCCCGCAAGCACAAGGAAGCAGUAAAGCAAUUCCCGUACAAUAUUAUGACGUUAAAUUCACAGCAGCAUGCAAGUGACACAGCACGAAACCUGUCACCUUCAACGCCGCAAGAGGAUGGAAAUAUGAGCAAGAGCAGCUUGAUUUCACAUACCAGUGAUGGUGCUGAAUUAUCUGAUAGUAACUUGAGCGAAUCCACCUGUCCAAAUUUCACCUUAUUUACAGUAAUAACAAAUACAUUGUACUUUUUAUUGUGGACAACCUUAUAUGCCGUCGCUGUUCAUUUGGAAUUUGGUACAGUCUACUUCAUUGUGUCACUUCUGUAUGCUAUCUGGAGAAACACAGGAACUGGUCCAAAGAAGGAUGGUGAAAUCAGUGCUUACUCAGUAUUCAAUCCAAACUGUGAAGCUAUUGAUGGGACACUGAAAGCAGAGCAGUUUGAACAGGAACUUAGAUAUGGUGCUGGUAGUGUACAUUGAAUGGUUAAUUUACAUUUAUUAUAACUUAAAGGAGACAACAUGUCACUGAUGGUUGUGCUGUGGUUAUUGUGUCAGUUUUAGAUUUUAAGCAUUCUAUCAUAGGUAAAAGCUAUCCCUGUAACAGGCUGUUGGAAGGCCAUAGGGUUUUGAGACAUCGAGGCUCCCGCAUUAUCAAGAUGGUCGGCUCACAGAUGGUGGCUAGUUUGUCAGCGUUACACACCAGAUGCCCUUUACUUCCAGGAAGAUUCCUGGUACUCAUUUCUGAUAUAGGCUAAGUCAACCCCA